GUAUUUUAUAGAAGCAGUGUUUUAUGGUCUGUUACUGAUAUAAUAUUUCUAUAGUCACGACUGUCAUUACGCUUAUAUGACUGUAUACAGGCGAAUGACCAUUGAAUAAAAUGUUUGCAUCAUCGCAGAAAAUGCAACUAAAUAUUAUGAUUUGUUAUUACUGAUACUGCAGUUUUUGUAUUUUAAUACGACCGGCGAAGUGACAUAAGCCUAACAUGGCUACUGUUAAAGUAACCGAACAGAAGGUUAUCCUAUGUGGUGAAUAUGGUGUUGGAAAGACAUCUAUAUUUAGGCGGUUCGCGAAUAAUACGUUUAUAGCGAGUAGCGAUAGAAAAUCGACAUUGGGUCUCGAUAAUAUCGAUAAAGAAUAUGUUGUUGAGGACAGACGAAUACGAUUGCAAUUGUGGGAUACGGGUGGUAUGGAAAGAGUUGCAUCAGUAACGUCCAGCUAUUAUAAAUUUGCAGAAGCUGCUAUACUAGUUUUUGCAUUAGAUAAUUCAACAUCUUUUCAUCUCUUAUCUCAACAUUUACUUGAUAUUGUUACGUAUGCUGAAAAUGCAAAAAUAUUUCUAUGUGGAAAUAAAAGUGAUUUAGAAAGCACAGCUCCACAAGUUACAGAUGCAGAAAUGGAACAAUUUUGUGAACAAUGUCACAAUUUAAUUUCUGGCAUAUAUAAGACAUCAUGUAAGACUGGAGAAGGGAUACAUGAAAUGUUUGAAGAUAUAGCACAGCAUCUAGUGGAAGCUAACAGAUCACGCAUGGAAUUGCAUGAAAUGGACAAAGACAGAUUUAAAAUUUCAUACAUUGAUGAAGCUGCUGAUCCAUCAUGUUUGUGCUAAAUAAAAAAUAUUAGCAAGUGUAUGAUCCUGAUGCAAUAUUCUUUACAACUCGGAUAACUCAACACAGUAAUAAAAUGUGAUGAGUGAAAAUACCUUUUUAUAUCAAGUAACGAUAAUGCCAAGUUUUUCUAUGAGAGAAAUAUCACGAAACAAGAAAUGGGGAAAAAAGGGGGAAUAUUAAUAGAAUUUAUAUGAAAUUGAAAUUAAACUUUGAAAAAGUCAUAAAAGCAGAAAAGUUUAAAUAAACAUUUAUUACAUAUUGAAAAGUAUUUUACUUAAUUAAACUUAAUUUAUUUAUAUCACUCACAGUCAGCAUUGUAUAUUUGAUCCACAUUAUCUUCAUAUUAAAUAAUUGGAACUAUAUAAAAUGUCAUUAGUGUUGAGUCCAUUUAAUAGUUUUCAAAUCAAUUCCCUCUUCGACCAUUUCCCAUAAUGGACUGCAAAAGCAAUUUAAAUAUGUAUUACUAAGUAUAUAUAAAAAAUAUAUAAGGCCAUAUAUUCUUAA